AUGGCAUUUGUACUCAUUGUGUAUUAAAUAUAUAGUAAAUUGUCGUCCCCAUUACAAAAGUGUCAUUUGUAUAGUAUGCGAACACUGUAUUUUUAUUGAAUAUGUUUCUAAAUAAAAUUAUAUCGUUUUUUUGACAGCUCGGAAGAUUAUCGUUUACUUGGCUGCGUUAUGCGGUUCAAAUAAUCUAAACGAAAACAUAAAUUCCAUUUGGACCAUUUAAGUUGUCCUAAAUAAAAUUGAUAACACAAUUAUACGACUGGAAAUCAAACUCCUAAGCAUAGAGAACAAUACAUGUUAACCCUGUGAUUGCAGUUCAACAAAACUUUUGUAAUGGCAAAGUUAAUUGCAGUCUGUCGUACAGAUGAUUAUCAGUUCGAACGGCGACAAAUUUCACUUUUUGUGGACGAAUCGCUUACUAUGGUUGUACAAUUUGCGGACAAAUGCAUUGACUGUGACCAUGUAAAUGGCAUGAAGUGCAAAAAGAUGGAGCGAUUUGUUCAGCGAUUCGGAGCCUUAACUAAAGAUGAGGUCGCUGUUGCCAUGAUGGUCACCAGUAAAGACAUUCUCAGUCUUCUUACACACCUUGUGCCGUGUGUGGGAUGUCGUAGAAGUGUGGAACGCUUGUUUAAUCAGCUGGUGAAGUCACAGCACCCUGCCUUGGAGCCACUUAUCAUUACCAAGUCCUCAGUAAUGUCUAUCAACAGAAACUACCUUUUUGAUCCCAGGGCACUGUAUUCCUUGUUUUACAUCCAUGGUGCCAAAUUAUCAAGUAUGGUCGAUUCCAUUCCAAAAAGCAAGAAGAACAAACGCUGCAGCUUACAUUCUCUUGAGAAUCACAAGAGCAAGACAACUGCGAGCUGGAUUGACAUCUGGGACCUGCUGUCCAAGGAGUGCCGAGAGGAGGUGCUGUUGGUAGACGCAGACUGCUUGCUCGAGACACUUGAGACCUACCUCAGAAAGCACAGGUUUUGUUCCGAGUGCAAGGCCAAAGUGCUUCGGGCAUACAGUAUCCUGGUCGGAGAUGUGGAUAGCUCCAAGGAGAAGGGAUACUGCCCCGCCUUGUAUGAGGGCCUGCGCUGCUGCCCCCAGGAGCGGCACAUACACAUGCUGUGUGAGACAGACUUCAUUGCUCAUCUCAUCGGGCGUGCUGAACCUGAACUGAGUGGCAGCAACGGUAGAAGAGAUCGUCACGCCAAGACCCUGGAUAUUGCUCAAGAGGAAGUGCUGACCUGCCUGGGUAUCCACACGUAUGAGAGGCUGCAUAGGAUAUGGCAGAAACUGAAGGCGGAGGAGCAAACAUGGCAGAUACUAUUCUAUCUGGGCGUAGAUGCAUUGAAGCAAAGCUUUGAGAUGGCUAUGGAGAAGAAGCAGGGAGUGUCCAACCUGGAGCUGAUGUGUGAGAAGCUACAGGAGGAGGACCGGGUUAAGGAGCAGAGGCAGGAGAAGAAGAGGCAAAAGAAGAAGAAGAAGAAGGCAAAGUCUGGCCAGCUGGUACAGAUGCCUGAGCAGAAAGAGAACGGGAAUAUGGAUGGGGACAAGGAAGAUGAAGGGCUUGAGGUUGGAUGUGAUAAUUGCGAUAAACUUCCAACAUGUACCAUGACAAAGAAGGUAUCACAGGCAUGCACGUCUGCAUGUGGUGCACACCACAACUGCGUGGACCACAACUCCAACACCACUAUUGCCUCAUUGGAAAGCUGUCGAAGUUGUGAGCGCACAGGCAGAGGGUCUAUCAGUCCCCAGAGAACAGGCGCUGCUAAGUCUUUCAGUCUGCGUGGUUUUCCUGCCAGUGGUGACAAGAUGCAACAUUCUAAUAAGCCAAUCUCUGUAAUGGGGAGCCGCAGCAGUGAUAACGGGUAUUCCUCGUGCGGGGAUGGUUCCUGUGACUGCAGCAUGCCCAGUUCUAAUGAAGGCUCGGACAUUGCUUGCUCAGAGGGAAUGUGUACGGGAUCACUGGAUGGAGAUGGGGACAUGCCGCACAUUUGUGACCCCCCUGGGGCCACUAGGUGUCCCUUGUUAGAACUCGUCCCCCAUGGGCAUACUUGUAACAUACAGCCGAAAGGAAACAAGUGUGAGGAUUAUUUUGCUGCCACUUGUAAAGGAGAUUGCAGUAAUCAAGGUCAAUACAAGAUGACAUUCAGCUUAGAGGACAUGCUGGAGUUCUGCUCAUCUGAGGAUGAGGCUGUCAUUUCUGAGGAGGACAUCCUUCGCUUCAAGGAGAACGAGUCUAAGAUGCUGAGGAAGCGGCAGGAGCUGCGAGAGACUCUGAGGCAGAGGUUCAACAACAUGCAGACCAAGCACCAGUCCUGCAGCCAUGGCUUGCCUCAGUAGGUGCACACGGAUGGACAGAGAGGAAGGGUUAUUAUAAUAGAGAACUUCUCAUCUGUGAUGUCAUUUUUAAAAUGUAUUAGUUACCUGGUCCUUAUACAUGUAAUUGGAUUUAUGGACUUAAUUCUGUAGACGAUUGUAAUGGUAUGAUGUUUGUUGUUAUUGUCUUUGGUUUUAUUGCAAGUCAGUCCCUUUAAGGAAGGUUACGCAUUGUUGAGCCUCUUAAGUGUACUGUGAUUUGGGUCUGAUAUAGAGACAAAAGUCUUCUUAAAUGGAUUGACACAAAUAUUGUGGACGAUACACUUAUUAUAUAAAACGCGGACAUGUAUCAUGUCAUAUGGUACUUUGAUGGUAUGAGUUAGUGAUGUCACUUUGGCAAUGUCAUCCUUGUGGUUUAAACUUAACUUUAAUGAUAACUGAACAAUAAUUAAAUAAACGGAUGUGCGGGGGGGGGAGGCUGUCUGGAAAAAAUUCUGCACCUAGUUCAAAGUUCUAAUUAAUUUGAUUGAUAAAUAAAACUAUGAGACACAAUAUUUUAGUUUUCUUUUGCUCUUGUGGAACUCAAACGUGCUCUUUAGCUUUACUUCCAAUUCGUAUCUUAAACGUCUUGACUUGUUUCUAUAGACUGUUAUGAAUAUUUUACGUAGUUGCAUAUCUUUUCAUUUAAGUGCAGGUCAUGUUGAUCAGUAUCAGUGCUCCAGCUAGGCCUACUCAUCAGGAUGCAGCACAUUGCCACCUCAAUGUUCCACCCAUGCCCCCUUUGACCCCUGCCCUUGCCCUUUGUAUGACCUGAUCACAUUAUUAGGCAGAACAUUUGAAGAAAGUUUCAAUCAUUUAAUUUCAUUUAGUUUAAAAAAUUAUCUAAAACUUAUUAUUUUAAUAAAAUGUCUCAAUGAAACUAUUAUUAUUAUUAUUAUAUAUUUAAUACAACACUUAUAUGAAAAUUGUAAAUUGAAAUACGUAUAAAUUGUAAAUUGAAAUAUGGUAUAUAUGAUAAUAACAUAUGAUAUAUACAUAUGAUAUGAUGAAAUGACCAGACCUGAUCAAGUAGCCUUUUGAAAAAUGAUAUCCCUGCCUUUUUGAGAUUCUUACUGGAGCACUUUUGGUUUCAAAGAUAAGUACAGUAGUUUUUAUUGAAGUAAAAAGCUGGAUAAGGUAUUUUCAUGCUUAGUAAACAAAUGAUCCUGUCUUUGGGAAAACUGGGCUUGAUCAAUGUGAAAUCCUUACAGGGACGACACAUUCAGCUUUUAUCGAUUUUUCCAUUUAAAGAAUUCUCUUCUUUACAAAAAUGCAGUCUAUAUGGAAGACGUUGUUACUGAUUUUCCCUUGCCUACUUCACAGCAGUCUAUAUGGAAGACGUUGUUACUGAUUUUCCCUUGCCUACUUCACAGCAGUCUAUAUGGAAGAUGUUGUUACUGAUUUUCCCUUGCCUACUUCACAGCAGUCUAUAUGGAAGAUGCUGUUACUGAUUUUCCCUUGCCUACUUCACAGCAGUCUAUAUGGAAGACGCUGUUACUGAUUUUCCCUUGCCUACUUCACAGCAGUCUAUAUGGUAGACGUUGUUACUGAUUUUCCCUUGCCUACUUCACAGCAGUCUAUAUGGAAGACGUUGUUACUGAUUUUCCCUUGCCUACUUCACAGCAGUCUAUAUGGAAGAUGUUGUUACUGAUUUUCCCUUGCCUACUUCACAGCAGUCUAUAUGGAAGACGCUGUUACUGAUUUUCCCUUGCCUACUUCACAGCAGUCUAUAUGGAAGACGUUGUUACUGAUUUUCCCUUGCCUACUUCACAGCAGUCUAUAUGGAAGACGUUGUUACUGAUUUUCCCUUGCCUACUUCACAGGCUAAUCUGACCCUACAUUUUACACAGAUGUGUUUAGCCACUACAUUUUACACAGAUGUGUUUAGCCACUACAUUUUACACAGAUGUGUUUAGCCAGUUUUUCCAAAGGGAAGCUAAAUUAAGUGUGAGCAUAAACUUCUGUUUUGAAGAUUUAUUUGUUUGUGUUGAUCUUAUUUGUUAUGAUUUGUGCAGGUAUUAUAUAGAUUAUUUUGACAAAAAUGUUAUUGAACUCUUUGGCAGAUGAAAUAUCUAGUAUGUUUAUUUUAUUGCCCAUCUGUAUUGUAUAUUUUAUGGUAACCUUUAUUUUCAAACCAUUAUUUUAUUUAUCUUCAAUCUUAUUAUAUGACUGCCUUCCAAUAAUUUACCAAUAUUUGAGCAUUUUGGCUUAUUUUGUGCUAAUAGUUAUAAAUAUGGUAUUUCAUGUGUUUGGUUCAUAAUUGUAGAUAAAAAGUAUUAAUAUAUAAUUUUUGAAAUAACAUGUUUAAUUAACAAAUCCGAUAGAUGUAUGCCUGUGAAUGGGUUUGGCUUUUAGACUAUAUAUUAUAUAUACACUGUUUGAGGAAAUAACUUAAUAAGUAAAUAAGUAAAGAAGGCACUGCUGUCUUGUUUGACAAGCAGGGGAUUAUAAUUAAAUGAACUGUCUUCAUUAUUUAAUGAUAUGGACUUGUGCUGAUGACAUACACAUGUUUGUGGAUGUGAUACUAUUUUAAAAGCAGGCUUAUUCGCUGCCCAAUAAAAUUGAUAUUUG